AUGCGACUUUGCGGGGGGAUCUUCGGCAGCCUUCGCGCUGGACGACAGCUGCAGUCUGUCCACUUGCAUAAGCGAACUGUACUGACCGAGAGCUACGUGCGUGGUCCAUUGGAUCCGCCCUUGCUUCAGUCAACCGUCGGCGAUCACUUUGCGAAAAUCGUGGCCCAACAUGGAGAUCGAACAGCUGUUAUCUCGAAACACCAGAACGAUCGAGUAACCUAUGCCUCCCUUGAUGCCAGAAGUAACGCACUUGCUCGGGGCUUGGAGUCGGUUGGCGUGAGAAAGGGUGAAAGAGUAGGCGUGAUGCUCGGAAACUCGAUGGAAUACGCAGUGGCAACAUAUGCACUGUUCAAGCUCGGGGCGAUCCUGGUUCCACUUAACCCGUCAUUUAAUUCGACGCAGGUUGUCUCUGCCUUGAGCCACCUCGAAUCCAGUCAUCUCAUCAUCAGCGCCGAGUCCAACCUACCUCGCAAGGAGCCCCGCAGCAAUAUCGCUCUCCUGAAGCAUAUGGUCGAAGAUCUCUCCAGCUCGAGACUCCAAUCGGCCCUCAUCCCAUCCCUCGAGCAAGUUAUACUGGUCAACAAUUCCGGUGGUCGUGUAGACAUUUCUUCUUACAAAAGUCUCACACCCUUCUCCUCCGUCAUGUCCCAGCUACCCGGAGACGGCCGUCCCCUGCCCGAACAAAAUCUCUCUCCACAGGAUAUCGUCAAUAUCCAAUUCACAUCCGGAACAACUGCUAUGCCAAAGGCAGCUUGCCUGAGCCACCAUUCUAUUCUGAACAAUGGUUCUCAGAUCGGCGAUCGUAUGCUGCUUACACCAAACGAUGUGAUCUGCUGCCCACCUCCAAUGUUUCAUUGCUUCGGCUCUAUCUUGGGCUUCAUGGCAACAGCAACGCAUGGAUCGGCGCUCGUUUUCCCGAGUGAGUCAUUCAAUGCUCGCGCAGCACUCCAAUCCGUACAAGAAGAGAGGUGCACUGCACUCUACGGUGUCCCCACUAUGUUCCUCGAAGAACUUGGGCUCAUCGCCUCGGGAGAAGUCUCAGAAAAUGGCUUCCAACACCUACGUACAGGCAUUGCAGCUGGAAGCAGCAUUCCCGCUGAAUUGAUGAAGAAGCUACACCGGAUCCUGAACCUGACCGAGCUGACAAUUUGCUACGGCAUGACGGAGACAAGCCCUGUGUCUGCUAUGACGACUACGGAUGAUCCGAUCGACAAGAGAAUCAGCACUGUCGGACGAUUGAUGCCACAUGUGGAGGCUAAGGUCGUAAAUCCAGAAAAUAAGUCCCAGGUCCUUCCUAUUGAGACUCGUGGUGAGCUCGCGGUCAGUGGUUACCUUCUGAUGAAGGAGUACUGGGGAGAUCCCAAACGAACCGCCGAAGUGAUGAUUCCAGACGCAUCCGGGAAGAUGUGGAUGCAUACCGGAGAUGAAGCGUCUAUUACAGAGGACGGCUAUAUCACGAUCACUGGCCGCAUCAAAGACCUAAUUAUCCGGGGUGGAGAAAACAUCCAUCCCCUGGAGAUCGAAAAUUGUCUCCUGGCCCAUUCUGGUGUCGCCGAUGUUUCUGUCGUCGGUGUACCAGACGAACGAUAUGGAGAAGUGGUCGCCGCGUUCGUCGCCCCAGAGCAAGGCAUCAAGCAGGUUACUGUCGAAGAAAUACAGCAGUGGGUGCGUGGGGAGCUUAGCAACCAUCUGGUUCCCAGAUAUGUCUUCUUCCUCGGUCCCUCGGACACAUUCCCUAAGACUGCUAGCGGCAAGAUUCAGAAAUUUAAGCUCCGAGAACAGGCCAUCGAGCUACUCGCCAGUGCUUGA